AUGUUGCAAACGUUAUUAAACUGCCAUGCGUAUAUGCCAUGGUGUUUUGAAAUUCCUGCGAUGGCAAUUUUUCUUCGUUCCACGAUUACAUUGCCUUUAGCUAUUUAUAGCAUAAAAACUGCACGCAGGUAUGGUCAAGUUCAACCUUUGUUAAAGGAAGCAAAAAAGAGAUGCCCGGACGACAAAGCAUAUAAAACGUUUCGGAGUAAGAUAUAUAAGAGGCUUAGUUGUCAUCCAGUUAAGCUUUACGCGUUGCCUUUUACGCAACUACCCUUGUUCGCCUUUGCGUCUUUUCAACUUCGUAAGGCCGUAGAGGUGUCUCCGGAUAGCAUGUCCACUGAGGGCAUGCUUUGGUUUCCCGACUUGACUAUGCCUGAUCCACUUGGAGUUUUACCGGCCAUUCUAGCAUGUACCUAUCUAACCAAUAUGUCCAUUCUUCGGAGGCCGCAGGAUUCCCGGCUACUGCGAAUCUUCAACACAGCUGGUAUUCUGUCCGCCUUUGCCGUCUCAUUCAUGGCUUUCAAAACUUCUACAGCUUUAUCGUUGUACUGGACGACAUCUGCUAUUUACUCCCUUGUGCAAAAUAUCUGUUUACGGAAUAUGUUUAAACAAGGAGAUCCUCGUUUGGUUUUGCGUCCCCUAAAGGCACAGAAAAAAGGAAAACCUAACUAA